UUAUGCAAAAACCGCAUUUUAGAUGUUAAGAGCCAAUCAAAAUAUACACAAUACACAACGAUUCUUUCUCUCAAUCAUCGGUUUCAAACUGAUUUUAAUGAUCCAUGUUUUCUCUUAGGCUUUUGGACUGACCCGACCCAACAAUGGUGACCCAGAAAAACAAAUCAGCAAUCAAAAACAAAGGUUUGAGAUAUUCCACUUUUACAAACUAGAAACAUAAUAAGUCAUCUUCCUCUUUUCAUUUUUCGCCUGGUCUGGUCCUUUUGUGAUCCAGAUAAGGCUGUUAACUCUCUGAGUCUCCAGGGUUGAUUAAGCAUGGUUAUACCUAAGUAACACCACCACAACAGGACCAACCCCAAGAAAAUCAACAACAAAGGAAAAAUACAAGAAAAAAAAAAAAAAAAAAAAAAAGGGAAAAAAGCAAAAACAAAACUAGAACCAGAGGAAACCAUUUUGUUAUUCUGGCGUACAGGAAAACUUUUUUUCUUAGAACACCUUGAAAUUCUUGAUCACCACCUUCCUUUGGUUUUCCUGUACGUCAUUUGUGGAAUUUCUCUUCCCAUUUCUUUCUGGUCAGCCAUGUACAUUAAAACGCAGAAGCUGUUUUACCUUGUUUUUCUAUCUUUGGUGUCCAAUGCCAUCCAUGGCACGAGUUUAGAUUCGGUGGACUCAUUGAUCCUUGGUUGUGGCACAGAGAGUGAAGCCAAAGAUGCAGAUGGUAGGAAAUGGGAACCGGAUGCCAAAUUCAUCACCGGAGGCAAUUCAGCUUCUGUUAGAGCCCAAUUCCAAGACCCUUCUCUGCUUUCAGAGACUCCAUACAUGACAGCAAGAAUUUUCACCUCAAAAGCAACAUACAAGCUCUCUGUGAAACCUGACCAACGGUAUUUUCUUAGGCUCCAUUUUUACCCUGCGGUGUACGGAAGCAACAAUGCUGAAGAGGCAUUUUUCAAUGUGAUGGCCAACGAUCUCACUCUCAUGAAAAAUUUCAGCGCUUCCUUAACUUGUAAAGCACUUACACAAUCCUACAUCAUUAGGGAAUACUCCUUGGUGCCUCCCACUUCAGAUUCUCUGAUUGUCACAUUUGAGCCUGUUGUCGGUUUUGCAUUUGUCAAUGGGAUUGAGUUGAUUCCAAUGGCAGCCGACAUGUUCGACACGGUGACAAUGGUUGGGUUCUCAGACCAGGCCAUUGAUGCCAAGAGCUCAAAUAUGCAGACGAUGUAUAGACUAAACGUUGGUGGGCAAUUUAUCUCACCAAACAAUGACUCUGGUCUCACCAGGACAUGGUAUGAUGACUUGCCUUACAUGUUUGGGGCUCAAUCUGGGGUCACCAAUCAGGCCAAUGCCAACUCCAAAAUCGAUUACCAAAACGUGCCGAAGUAUGUGGCUCCGGUAGAUGUUUACAGCACGGCAAGAUCAAUGGGAAAUUCAAAGGCAAUCAACCAGAAUUACAAUCUCACAUGGGUUUUCCAGCAGAUUGAUCCAAACUACAUGUACCUUGUGAGGUUGCAUUUCUGUGACUUUUACAACACCAAACCCAACCAGAUAGUCUUCAAUAUCUACAUCAACAAUCAAACUGCACAGCGAGAGGCAGAUGUGAUUGCCUGGUCAGGAGGAAAGGGGGUGCCAACGUACAAAGAUUAUGUGGUUUAUGUUGUAGAUGGGAAAGGGGAUGAGGAGCUUUGGUUGGCCAUGAACCCUGCAAAGGAAACACAGCCUGAAUUCUACGAUGCACUCCUUAAUGGAAUAGAAAUAUUUAAGCUUGAUAUGAAAAAGAGCUUGGCAGGACCCAAUCCUCAGCCUUCGGAUAUGUUCAUCAAGAAUGAGCAACAACAGAAAAGUUUUCAAACUGAAACCACAUCCAAGGCUCAUGUGAUCGGUGGAGCUGCUGGAGGAGCUGCAGCCGUUGGAAUAAUGGCUGCAUUGUGCAUUGCUGUCUACAAUCGGAAGAAAAAAGAACCCGGAACGGAUUCACAAACUUCGAGCUGGCUUCCUCUCUAUGGGAAUUCCCAUACCAGUGGCACUAGAUCAACAAUCUCAGGGAAGAGCAAUGCUAGUACCCACCUCUCUUCAGCAGCUCAGGGUCGUUGCCGGCGUUUCAGCUUUGCGGAGAUGAAACAUGCUACUAAGAACUUUGAUGAGUCGAAUGUCAUUGGAGUUGGUGGCUUUGGAAAGGUCUACAAGGGAAUUGUCGAUGGAGGAAUGAAAGUUGCCAUUAAAAGGUCAAAUCCAUCUUCAGAACAGGGAGUCAAUGAAUUCCAGACAGAAAUUGAGAUGCUUUCAGAGUUAAGACAUAAGCACUUGGUCUCUCUGAUCGGGUUCUGUGAGGAAGAUAGGGAGAUGUGUUUGGUUUAUGACUACAUGGCUCGUGGGACUCUGAGGGAGCAUCUUUACAAGUCCAACAAACCUCAUCUCACAUGGAAGCGAAGGUUGGAAAUUUGCAUUGGAGCAGCAAAGGGACUUCAUUACCUUCACACAGGAGCAAAGUGGACCAUCAUUCAUAGGGAUGUCAAAACGACCAACAUUCUCUUGGACGAACAAUGGGAUGCCAAGGUUUCAGAUUUCGGACUCUCGAAAACGGGUCCAGACAUGAGCAAUGGUCAUGUUAGUACGGUGGUGAAGGGUAGCUUUGGCUAUUUGGAUCCUGAAUACUUCAAGAGGCAACAACUGACUGAAAAGUCCGAUGUUUACUCUUUUGGAGUAGUCCUUUUCGAGGUGUUGUGUGCAAGGCCAGCUCUUAAUCCAAGCUUGCCAAAGGAACAAGUUAGUCUUGCAGAUUGGGCACUGCAUUGCCAAAAGAAAGGAGUACUGGAAGACAUUAUUGAUCCUUACCUUAAGGGUAAAAUCAACCCAGAAAGCAUGAAGAAGUUCGCAGAUACAGCUGAGAAGUGCUUGUCCGAGCACGGAAUGGAUCGCCCCACUUUGAAUGACAUAUUGUGGAAUCUUGAGUUUGCUCUCCAGUUGCAGGACAACAUGGAAGGUUCAAGUCAUUCUUCUAGGCGCAGCGAAAGCAAUCACGACGAAAGUGGUUCAAGAAACCAAAAUGCUGCCUCGCAUUACAGUAACCAAAGCCAUGGAAGUGCAAGUGAGGUGCACGGCGACACCGAAGAGAUGAAUACUGAGGAAAUCUUCUCGCAGAUUGUCAAUCCAAAAGGACGAUGAGAAGAAUAUGUAGUUGAUAUUUACAUGCCACCUCCAGACAAGGAUUAAUGGUGAAAGAAAGCCAUGAAAUUCAAGCAAAUAAAACCUGCGCUUCUCAGAUUCUUCAGAAGGUGACGCUUUCAAUGUUUGUACUUUAUAUUUGUUUGUUCUUUAUUUCUUUCCUUUCUCUAUUUUUUUUGUUUUCCUCUUUUAGUAUUAUUUAUCGGACAUGAUAUAUGAAUAUAUAGCAAAUUGUAAUACAUUUGAGGAUGUUCAGAUGGAAACAAGUUUGUUCUA